AUGUCUGAAGUGUUCAUCUCGGAGUACGACUAUGCUAUUGGGUGUAUUAUGUGGAUUGUCAUGAUAAUCUCUGUUGUUGGCAAUGCCGUGUCACUCUAUGUCUUCUGGAACCUCGCCAAAAAUAGAGCAACAAUUCUGUUUAUAUGUGUAGCUGUGACGGAUCUAUUGAUGAGCCUUAUUGCGACACCAUACGUAGCCAUGAACUUGUUCUCAACAAACAGGGCCUCCUUCACUGAAGGAUCUGAACUUGGUUCCUCGUACGGAUCUGCUGUGGGCAUCUUCCACAAUACCUGCAGCAGAGUCAGCAUCUACACCAUGCUCCUCCUCAGUCUGGUACGAUGUGCUCACAUGUAUUACCCUCUACAAAUCCGACAAUACACAUCCACCAACUCUACCAUCACCAUAGUGAUCUUCAUUUGGGUUAUCUGUACCACCAUCUCCUUCUUUCCUUUCAUGUUCCAAACCAAAUACAAGUACAACCCCUGGGCACUUCUCUAUGUUUGGCAGGUGGAGGACCUAUUUGAUAGAGAUGGGUGGACCACAGCAGCAUUUAAAGCAACCUACUUCUUUGUGCUGAUCUUCCCCUUUGUCAUUCCAGGAAUUGGAAUAAUUAUUAGUACGGGUAUCAUCAUACCAAAAGUGUAUAUGAGUCACAAGAUGUCUGAAAACAUGGGAUUUGGGCAAAACUCGACACAAAAUAACAAGGUUGACGCCAAAGACAUAUCUAACAUCUGUUCAGACGGAAACUACUAG